GCGCGCAACCAGUCUGUCGGCGGUAUCGAGCGCGCCGUGUCAGUUGUCACUUGUCACCCGUCACCGGCGGACGUCGCGAGAGCGCCGGCCGUGAGUGCUUCAGUCAGUGAAUCAGUGGUGUUACCGGACCAGCAUGGCUCUGCUGCGGAGACUCGCGGGCGCCUCGCCGCGCCACGUGCGCGCGCUGGCCUCCGCGCCGCCGCCCGCGCGCGACGAGCUGGACCUGUCCUUCAGCAGCCCCAAGGAGGCCUUCAAGAGCAAGAAGACGAGCGAGCUGGUGCGCGCCUACCUCGUGUACCAGAUCUGCUCGUUCGACUGGGUGGUGGAGAACAACGACAUGCUGAUGAAGCGUGCGCGCCAGGUGCUGGGCAAGCGGCUGUUCGAGAUGAUGAUGAAGGCCACCUUCUACGGGCAGUUCGUCGCCGGAGAGGACCAGAACAAGAUCCGCCCCACGCUCGACAGACUGCGGUCGUUCGGAGUGAAGUCCAUCCUCGACUACUCCGUGGAGGAGGACCUGUCUCAGGAGGAGGCCGAGAAACGCGAAGUCAGCGCGUCGGUGUCGCAAUCGCCGGAUGCUGAGAAGGGUCUGGAGCUGGAGGAGGGUUCCCUGAAGCAGUACCACGUGGAGCAGCGGUUUGCCGACCGUCGGUACAAGGUGUACGCCGCCAGGACAUACUUCUACCUGAACGAGGCCGCUUGCGAGAGGAAUAUGGAGGCCUUCUUGAGGAGCAUUGAGGCUGUUGCUGACACAACAAAGAGCACGGGUCUGAUGGCCAUCAAGCUGACCGCGCUGGGCCGGCCGCAGCUACUUCUGCAACUGUCAGAAGUGAUCAUGCGCGCGCGCAGCUACAUGCAGCAGAUGGUGGGCGGCACCGGCAACGUGCUGACGCACCACAAGACCAUCGAGGACUUACAGCGGUACUUCGGGGACCACAGCUCGAAGCCCGAGGUGCAGGCGUUCAUGAAGCAGAUAACGUCGGACAAGGAGGGAAUAGUCCACUUAUUCCCGUGGUCCGGUAUCCUGGACAAGGACAUGGGUCUGUCCGACUCGUUCCGCGUGCCCGACCCGAAGACCGGCCAGAUGCGGCGCCUCAUCUCCCAGAUCCUGCCGAAAGAGGAGGAGAUGUUCCGGAACAUGCUGCGAAGACUGAACCACAUCAUCAAGACGGCCAACGACGCGGACGUGCGCAUCAUGAUCGACGCCGAACAGACGUACUUCCAGCCCGCUAUCUCGAGGAUCUGCAUUGAGAUGAUGAGGAGGUAUAAUAAGGACAAGUUCCUGGUGUUCAACACGUACCAGACGUACCUGAAGAACACGUACAACGAGAUCCUGACGGACCUGGAGCAGGCGGAGCGGCAGAACUUCUACUGGGGCGCCAAGCUCGUGCGCGGCGCGUACAUCGAACAGGAGCGUGCGCGUGCCGCCGCCAUGGGCUACGAGGACCCCACGUGCGAGAGCGUGGAGGCCACCACCGCCUCCUUCCACCGCUGCCUCAAGGAGAUCCUCGGCAGGGUCAAGAUCCAAGACGGCCAAAACAGCCGCCUCGGCAUCAUGGUGGCGUCCCACAACGAGGACACGGUCCGCUACGCCAUCCAGCUCAUGAACGACCUGAACAUCAAGCCGGAGGACAAGGUGGUGUGCUUCGGGCAGCUGUUCGGCAUGUGCGACCACGUCACCUUCCCGCUCGGUCAAGCCGGCUACUCGGCGUACAAGUACGUCCCGUACGGGCCCGUGGAGGAGGUGCUGCCGUACCUGUCGCGGCGCGCCAACGAGAACCGCGGCUUCCUCGCCAAGAUCAAGAAGGAGAAGAGCAUGCUGCUCAAGGAGAUCUUCCGUCGCGUGGCCACCGGCAACAUGUUCUACAAACCCGUCGGACACUACAAACCCGUGUAAAUAUUGCAAACAAAAAAACAAAUUAGAACUGUAUUUUUACGUUGCCGAAUGUAGUGUUGAAUGGUGGCGUUGAGCGCUUUGCAGUGUCACACUGACAGGUGACAGCUGUCAGACGACGGUCGCCAUGUUGUUGUGAUAGCGAAAGUGACAUCGAACGUGUGAAUGCGACUUUUUGAGUUUUGUUGAUGAUUGUACAGUGAUUCGCUGGAUCUGUUAUUUAGUAUACAUCUCUGGAAUGUUUAUAAGAUAUAGUUACAGUUUGUAUGUUCGAAUGUAGAUUGCUUUUAUUCAUAUCUCUUGUUACAUCUGUAAGACAGUGUCUGCGUGCACAGUUGGUGGCUAGUCUAUGAACUGCUGUCAACUGCUAUAUUCAGACCUACAAACGUAAGUGGCAUUUGUAUAGGAUACAAUAACCAUAAGGUUAUACUGGUAAAUAAUUAAAGAUCUCUUAACAAAAGUAUAAAGUCAUCUAGGUAUAUCAUCUUCGUUAAUAACGAUAAAAUCUUAGUUCCUUUAUUUGCCAGUAGCCUCAUUUUAUAAGACCGUUACAGUCAACUGUUUGUUUUGAUUUCAGUAGGUACUGCUUUGUUAAGAUAUUGUAUAUUUUUGGGUUUUAAUGAAAUAUCGAAUUUAGUAAACCUAACAGAAAAGCUUGCAAUAGAUCUAGUUACAACAGGCAUGCGAAUUAAUACUUACCUAACACUCGAAACGUCCAUAUACUUACCUAAAUCGCCAGAAAUAUUUAAAGUAUUAAUCACAUUAUUUUGGAUGACAUGGUUGCAAAAAUAUAUGAAUAGAUACGGUUUUUUUAUUUUGUAUAUAAUAAAGAAAUCUGUGUGUCAUAUAUUAUUAUCUAAACCUUAUUAUUAUAAAUUGGAGCUGUUAUAUUUUUUUUAUAAUAUGCAUUUUGUUUUUACUCUGGGACAUUGUGAAAUACCAACGUAAUUUUAAUUUAUAUUUGAUGGCAGUAUUAUGUGUAUUUUACAUAAUAUUAUAAUUUAAUUAAGAGUUAAGAAGUGACAUCACUUUACUUAAUAUUAAUUAAAAAGAGCUAAUGGAUGCAUUUUACUGUUUUCCACAUAAAUGUUUUCUCGUAAGAUAGAAUCUGAGAUUUAAUAGUAAAUUAUUUAUUUUAUUUAAUUUAAUUUGUGUAUAAACAUCGUCCAUUCGUACUGUAAAGAUGUAUAAACUGCACUCGGAUAAGGUUGAAAAUCUUAAUGGCUUGAUAAAUUGUAGGGUUUCGUUUCUGCCAGUGCAAAUCGACCAUAAUGUACUAACUAACAAUAAGUAUUAAUAAUUUGUAAAGGCUCUGUUAUACAGAGAAGCACUGUUAACAUUUGUGGUCAGUUCCUAUUGGGUAUUUUAGUUAUAAUGGUUAUUAAUUUAUCCUGAUUUAAUACCUCAAUUAUCAAAGCUAAGUCUGAGUGUGUGGCGCUAAAACAAGUUUGUGAUAGAGCGAGCAUUUUCGUUCAAUCAUUCGUUCGUGAUCGAUGAACGAAUAUUAUCGCUUGAGACGUCUUUCAGUCAUUCGUUCGUGAAAUAAUAUUCAUCACGCCACGCGAAUGAAUAGUCAGCGAUAGACAACUAAAUAUUAGUUAAAUUAUGUGAUGUCCUUUGUUUUCGAAUCAUGUUAUUUUUUGUCCUAAUUUAUCAUUUUUAAGCAGUUUUUGUUCGCCGUCGCAGUUGUUUAAUGGUGAUGCUAUUUUUUGAAAUAAUUUUCUGUAGACUAAUAAAGACGCAAGUUCGUUUUACCUAAA